GCCUCGGGGUCGGAGGGCACGCGCGACGCGGGUGUCAUGGCGACCUCCAUGCUCGGUUCUGUCGGCGGCCCGAGGCCUUUGGGUUUGGCGGGGCUGUUCCGCCGCCGGCCGCCUCGGGAUGCGUGGGAGCGUGUGCGGCGGCCCCCGGGGCCCUCGGCAGUCCUGCGCAGCGUGGCGGCGGCCAGCGGGCCCGGCGGCCCGGGUUCCCACCACUACUGCCUGCAGCUGCUGCGGAAGCGGGACUAUGAAAGUUACUUGUGUUCCCUGCUGUUUCCUGCAGGAUGUCGAAGCUCUGUGUCUGCACUGAGGGCCUUCAAUGUGGAACUGGCUCAGGUGAAGGACUCAGUCUCUGAGAAAACAAUCGGACUGAUGCGAAUGCAGUUCUGGAGAAAAGCUGUGGAAGAUAUAUACUGUGACCACCCCCCACACCAGCCCGUGGCCAUUGAGCUCUGGAAGGCUGUCAAGAGACAUAAUCUAACUAAAAGAUGGCUUUUGAGAAUCAUUGAUGAAAGGGAAAAGAAUCUUGAUGACAGAGCAUAUCGCAAUAUCCAGGAGCUUGAGAAUUAUGCUGAGAACACACAGAGCUCUCUUCUUUACUUGACACUGGAGGUGCUGGGCGUGAAGGAUCUUCAUGCAGACCAUGCCGCGAGCCACAUUGGAAAGGCACAAGGCAUUGUCACGUGCUUGAGAGCGACACCCUAUCAUGGCAGCCGGAGGAAAGUGUUCCUGCCCAUGGAUGUCUGUGUGCAGCAUGGUGUUUCACAGGAGGACUUUCUACAGAGGAAACAAGAUAGAAAUGUGAGAGAUGUAAUAUAUGACAUUGCCAGCCAGGCACACUUGCACCUAAAGCAUGCGAGGUCCUUCCACAGAAGCGUCCCUGCUAAAGCAUUUCCUGCUUUUCUUCAGACGGUUACACUAGAGGACUAUUUGAAGAAAAUCCAGCGAGUGGAUUUUGACAUAUUCCACCCGUCUUUACAGCAGAAGAAUACUCUACUUCCGUUAUCUUUGUAUAUUCAAUCAUGGAGAAAAAAAUACUAAAUAAUUUCAUGUACUGA